UUUUUUAUUCUGUCUUCUCUGUCUCUUCUGUCUCUGUCUGUUUUUCGAUCGCCAUUUUUAAGCCAGUUUUGGUGUAAAUAAUUUCACGUGUUGUGUAUUGUUGUGCUUGAUAAUAUUGUUAUAAAAAAAAAUCAACAAAAUGAGUAAUUAUCGAAAUAACGACGAUAAUGAAACACUCGGUUUUAAAACUGACCUUGGAUUUUGUUCUGAUUGUGGAUCAAUUCUUCCACUUCUUGGUCCAAAAGGUGGUGUCACUUGUUAUGCCUGUAAACGUGUAUGGGGUCCGGAAGUAUUUGGUGAUUUAGCUAUGAAAUAUACCAUCAAAUUUAAUAACAUUGAUACUUAUGCUAAUGACAAAAAUACUCUUGAUGAUGAUGAAGAUGCUGAUGGUCCAGUUGUCGAAAGAAAAUGCAGUGAAUGUGGUAAUGAUCAAAUGUCAUAUGCAACUGUUCAAUUAAGAUCAGCUGAUGAAGGACAAACUGUUUUUUACACAUGUACUAAGUGCAAACACAAGGAAACUGAAAAUUCAUAAAUUUUUCAUCCAACAAAAAACAAAAAAUGUAAAUAUACUUUUUUUUUUUUUGUUUUUUAAAUAUAUUAAUUAUUGUUUUGUAGAUUAAAAAAUUUUUAAAAUAAUAAAUGCA